AGAACGGAACAGUGAGGGAGCCGGUCGGACCGCCCGCGCGGGGCAGUGUGCGCGCGCGCUACCGCUGCACGAAAAUGCACUCGGAUGCUGCCGCUGUCAAUUUUCAGCUGAACUCUCAUCUAUCAACACUGGCAAAUAUUCACAAGAUUUACCACACUCUUAAUAGGCUGAAUUUGACAGAAGACGCCAGUCAAGACGAUCGCCAAACAGGAAGUCUUAGGUCUUGCAGUUCAUCAGACUGCUUUAGCAAAGUAAUGCCUCCAAGAAAAAAGAGGCGUCCUGCAGCUGGAGAUGACCUAUCGGCUAAAAAGAGUAGACAUGAUGGCAUGUACAGAAAAUAUGAUUCUGCUAGAAUAAAGACAGAAGAUGACAUGUUCUCAAGCAAGAGGUGCUUAGAAUGGUUCUAUGAAUAUGCAGGGACAGAUGAUAUUGUGGGUCCUGAAGGAAUGGAGAAAUUCUGUGAAGACAUUGGGGUUGAACCAGAAAAUGUAGUUAUGCUUGUGUUAGCUUGGAAGCUGGAUGCUCAAAAUAUGGGUUACUUUACAUUGCAAGAGUGGUUAAAAGGAAUGACAUCCCUGCAAUGUGAUACAACAGAAAAACUAAGAAAUUCUUUGGAUUACUUGAGAUCUUUAUUAAAUGAACCUACAAAUUUUAAACUUAUUUACAGAUAUGCAUUUGACUUUGCACGUGAAAAGGACCAGCGAAGCCUAGAUAUAAAUACUGCCAAGUGUAUGUUAGGCCUUCUCUUAGGAAAAACAUGGCCUCUCUUUCCAGUAUUUCACCAGUUCCUAGAGCAAUCUAAAUACAAGGUUAUCAACAAGGACCAGUGGUGCAAUGUUUUGGAAUUCAGCAGAACCAUUAAUCUUGACCUCAGCAAUUAUGAUGAAGACGGGGCAUGGCCAGUGUUGCUGGAUGAAUUUGUGGAGUGGUAUAAAGAGAAACAAAUGACAUAGGAAUUUUAACUAUGCACAGCUGCUCAAGAGUCUUUGUUACUACAGUUAUGUCGACCAUUAGCCAUAAACUGCUAUUUGUAUAAAAGCGCAUGCUGCUUUUCCUGCACUGUAUCCCGUUUUGGGGGACCUUUGGGUGUUUGCUGUUUAACAGGCCAGCUCUGCUUGCUGUGUAGCAUUGUUCUCUUCGAAGGCUGCUUUGCAUUUUGUAUCUACACUACAGAUGGUGAACUUACCAGCAUCCUCACUGUGAUUAAUGUGUAUAUUGCUGUCUAAACUUUGUAUAUGUGUAUAAAAGAAAGGCUUCACUUAGGAAUUAUUUCAGCAGAACUGUAUUGUAAAAAUAAUUUUGUGGCAUAUUUCUAGUUGCAUUCAAUAACCAUGUAACUUAAUUUUUAAUUUUCACUUGGUCUCAGACGUAGCAUUUCAGGACAAGUGAUUAUUGGGAUGAUUACCAUGUGAAACUAUUGCCAGCUAGCAACAGUAGUUAAGAUGCCAGUUUUUGAGAAGCGAUAUGAUUUCUUCAUGUGCAGGUGCCCAACUUCAGUUUUGUGUAGUAAGCGCGUGUUUUUUUUAAAAAUGAAAACCUAUUAAAAUUGUUAAUAAAUAGAGUUGUAAAUGUCACAAUGACUUCCAUAUGGUGAUAAUGCUGACUUCCUAAUAUUCAAGACUACUGUAGUUUUCAAGUAGAUACAGGAGAUCAAAUUAAAAUAUGAUUAAACAUGGUUUUAGACUUGUAAAUUGAUACAUUUUUCUUUUGCUGCUGUUCUCAAAGUGUUUUGACCAUCGUAAACAAAGGCAAAAUGAAGGCUCUUCCAGAAUUAAAAGACUUGUGGGUGAGUUUCAGGGUCUGGCAUCUUUUGUGAAAUCUCACCACGGGAAUCUCAACAGCAGUACUGGCUUCUUUCUGCUGGGCACUGGAUUACCUGGCAGGAUGCCUGUUGCCGGCAAUGGGCACACUAAUCACCAGCAUUGUCACUCAUUUGGGACCACUUUGCUUAUCUGUUUGCACAGGAACGUUCAAGCCAUUGCUUGCUUAAGGAAUCUAGAUGAGUGGGAUAAGACAGUUACCUUUGCUUCAACUUUUGGCAAAAGUUUGCUAAGGGGAUAGCAAAUCUUAUGGAAAUACCUCCAGAACUCCAGUAAUGUGUGUUUAAUGAACAUUUAGUUAACUCUGGAAUUUGCAAUAAAACAUUAGUAGGCAUCUUCAUUUUGUAGAAAACUCAAAAUAGGCAAACAUUCUUGAUUCCAAACUCUUACAGCUGAGCAUAAACAACAGAUCAAAUCCAUACAAAUAAUAUAUAUUUAAUAUUUUAAAUAACUGAAGUUGCUGGCAAAACAUGUAUAGGCACCAGCCUCUUCUAGGACAGGGUGCUUUUAAAUAACGCACUGGGAUUGAAAGAGGCCCAUGCUCAUGUGCUUCUGCACUGAAGUGGGGAGGAAGGUACAGAACCUUUCCCCUUUCCAGUGGUAUGUUUUCAAAUCAUGGAAUCCAUUCCCCUAGCCUUCAGGUGGGCUUGUGGGGCAGAUAGGCAAGGCAGAAUUGGGAGGCUGAAAAGACCAAGUGUGCAUAACUUAAUAUCCCAGCUGUUGCAGUUGUAGAAUUUUAGCAAACUAUUUUCUUUCAGAUCAGUCACCAAAAAGUAGUUUUUGUGUGUUAAUGAAUAUGAAUAAAGAAUUGUGUUGAAAUAUCACCCAUCUGUUUAGCUUGUUAUUGGAAGCAGAUAAAGAGCAAUAGAUUCUGCAGUUGCUUGUAUACAAGCAUGCAACAUAUGAAGAUACGCAUUUACACAUGGCAAUGUGCAGCAACAAGCUCCUUAUUAAACCAUUCUGGUUUCUAGGGACUACUACAUGUAUUCCAACUUGCACAGCCAUAGAUGAAAACUUGUGAAGCUCCAAAAAGUACAUUAAAAAUAUCAGGAUUUAUUCUGAGAGAGAAGGCACAUUCAAUAAUGGGAGAUUAUGGCUAAAGAAGACAACAGCAUCUAGUUUAAAUAUGGAAAUACCAUGUAAAGUUAACAAAAAGGCAGUUAGCCAGUUCUUAGGACUGAUUCUUGCAUCAUAUUUUUGUACUUGGGUGCAAAUAAUAGAGUAAAAAAUAUAAGCCCUCAUCAAAUGGAUUAGACUUUGGCUUCAGAAGUUACUGAUAAAAUAUAUAUAGGAAUCGGGCUGUUAAAAUUGUUUAGGGCUAAUCUGUGGCUAAAGACACAUGUGGUGACUUAAAGUACAUAUGCAAAGUGCUUCUUUUUGUGGUUGUUGGCAGAAGUUGCUGUCUUCCUUACUACGCAUGGUAAGAUCUACUUCAUGAAAGGCGACUGUGAAAGGUUUGAUGAUGUACAGAAUUUCUUAUCCUGCUCAAUAGGAUGCUCUGCUGAAUAUAGUCAAGAAUAUAACACAGUGAGAAUAGACCUUUGAAUUUUGCUAUGGAGAGUAGGCUCUAAAGCAGAUUAGUUUCUGAAGUGAUGCACAGUUCUUGUUGUUGGUAUACAUGCCUAAAUAUAAGAGAAAAGGAAGGAAAGCCCAAUUGCUUUAUACCCUUGAUCAAUCUUCCCCAACUUGGUGUCUUCCACAGGUGUAAUAGCCAAGGUGAGUGAGGAUGAUGGGGUUUACACUCCACAUCUGGAAGGCACCAAAUUAGGAAAAGUUGACUAGAUCAUGAUUAGAAAUAUUAACUUUAUCACUAAACAGAUCUUCCAAUGUCUGCCUUUUUGGAUUGCUUGGAAUGGCAUGUGUUCUUCAAGCCAUUGACAUCACUAAUUUUGUUGAGCUUUCUAUUAGCGAACACAGAAGGAUUCUCUGUCAGAGUCUAAAUCCUUUUUUCAUUUGUGCGAGGUUUCCAGAAUAAAUAGCAAAUUUCUCUCAGCUGUUAAUUUCCCAGGAGAAAUUUUGAAUUCUCUAAAUAGCAUGCUUCCUGUCCUCCUUUUUCUUUUUUUAAAGGGGUGGUGUGUCAAUGAACUACUUGAUGCAGAAAAUGCCCCAGCCUUUUCUGCAUAAGUUCUGGCAAGAUGUGCAUACAAUUAUCCUGAAGUCAGGUAACUUUUUUUUUGGUGACCUCAUAUGAAAACUAAUAGUUGAAUGGGAAAUGAGUUCAUAGGGAAGUGUGAUCACAAGUACUGUCAAUUGGGAUCCUUAUAGAAUACCAAAGAUUGAUGGAUGUACUUCUUUAAGCAUUCUUAACUUUCAAACACAAAAACUAAAUUCUUGGGCAGUGUAAUAACUGCCUACCAGUACAACUUACUUUCUUGCCAAAUAGAUAGAAAUUGAAAAGUGAAGAUGGGAGUUUGGUCCUCUUGAUCUGAUGAAAUGUCAAUUUGUGAAGUGUAAAUCUCUCUGCUUUUCAUAAAUAAGGACAACAAAACUGGGAAAGUGUUUCAUGGUAGAAUAAUUUACAGUAAUAUAAACAUACCAUAAAGCAUUAAAUGUGAAUAAUGUACUGCUUUCCUUUUUUAAUUAGUACACCUCAGUCUCUCAAGUUGAUACCUUAGAGAUGCAUUUCAUUACAUAACCAAUUUAUAAUUUUAAAAGUGUGCCUGCAGUUAAAUCUCUUCCUACCUAUUAAGCAUUGGUAUUUUUUCCUCCUUUUAGAAAUACUGGAAUGCUGUAUAAUUUAGGAUUUUUCUUCCCACUCCUGAACAAUGCUUAAAUACUCUGAAUUGUAAUGAUUUGCUCUGUGCCUGAGCUAAUGACAACUGCUAAAUACCUCUUGAAAGCCUUAGAAUCUGUCCUUCCAUAUGGUUCUGUAUAUGCAUAGCAUUAAUCCAAUUUACAGACUUUUUCUGUAAUUUGAGACUAAAGUGUGUGUUACAACCUCUUGUGACCUGCUGCUGUGGCAGAAACAACAGUUGAACUGAUGAUGCUGACUGCUUUUUAAUGUCUUGAGUGUUUCCAUAUUGCAAACUUGAGGUGUGCUUUUAAAGUCCUGUGGCUCAAAUUGAUUGAAGUACUGUUAUUCCAUCGAAUUUGAGAUUGGUUCCUGCGGGUUUGUGUAAAACCAGUAUUCCACAAAUAAAAAAAUUGUGAUUUUGGUUUCAGAAGUUGA